GAAUAUUUGUCACAUGACAGAAGUGACAGUUGACGUGAGUCAGGAAGCGACGAUAAUCUACGUCGUGUAGGAAUUUUACCCCCACAUUCUGAAAACGUCUAGAGGAAAAGUGCCACUGAAACGAGCAAAAUAAAAUUACUCACCAAAUACGAGCAGCAUCGAAUAGCGGAGCGGGAAGUAAAGCGCUGAUCUUUGUAAUCCGGGACGAACGUUGCGAGGUGUAAGGUCCAUCCGGGGCUCCGUCCAGGUGGUGUUUUGGCGAACACGCAGCGCGGUAUAGCAGAAGCAGAUAGGUAGUUGUGCUGCGCCUGAAACAAGAGUCCGCGAAAAAACCACGAGCUAGGCAAAAGAUGAGUGUCGACGCUUACGACGGAACCACGGGUUCCCAAUCGUUGACCUUCGUCGAUACAGAGGAGAACUAUUUUGUGGGAGCCGAUUCGCAGGGAACGGACUACGAUUUUCGCGACUUUACGAUUCCUUCGCAAAGUCAAACCCAAGCUUCGCAGCUCGAUCAUCUGGGCGGUGGGAGCCAGGUGAAUGGAUUCGGCCGCCGCAUCGGUGUGGAUCCGACGAAAUUGUCCGGAAUUACCUCGGCCAUCGGUGAGCUGCAGUUUGAGGAGGAUGAGGAUGAGAUAGAUCCAGCGGAGAAUAAGGAUUUACCUCCGCACGCCUGCCGUUACUGUGGCAUACACGAGCCAAGUACGGUGGUUAUGUGUAACAUAUGUAAAAAAUGGUUCUGCAACGGACGCGGCAGCACGUCUGGGUCACACAUUGUGAAUCAUCUUGUUCGCGCAAAGCACCGUGAGGUUACCUUACAUGCGGACGGUCCCCUCGGAGAGACGGUCCUGGAGUGUUACUCCUGUGCCGUCCGGAACGUGUUUGUGCUCGGGUUUAUCCCAGCCAAAAGCGACUCUGUAGUUGUGCUGUUGUGCAGACAACCCUGUGCAGCACAGAACUCCAUCAAGGACAUGAACUGGGAUCAGGAGCAGUGGAAGCCGUUGAUCGCCGAUCGUUGCUUCUUGUUUUGGCUGGUGAAGAUUCCAACCGAGCAGGAUCAAUUGCGUGCUCGCAAGGUGUCAGCUGCCCAAAUUAACAAGCUGGAAGAGCUGUGGAAGGAAAAUGUGGACGCAACUUUCCAGGAUCUCGAGAAGCCCGGCAUUGACAAGGAACCGCAACAGGUACAGUUGCGUUACGUGGACGGAUAUCAGUAUCAGAACACGUUCGGACCGCUGGUAAAGCUGGAAGCGGACUACGACGAAAAGUUGAAAGAGAGUCAAACGCAGGAAAACAUUGAAAUCCGUUGGGACACUGGGUUGAACAAGAAAACGAUCGCAUACUUUACACUGGCAAAGAACGACGGUGACAUGAAGCUGAUGCAUGGAGAUGAGCUAAAGUUGCGCUACGUCGGAGAGCUGCACAAACCGUGGAGCUGCAUCGGGCACGUAAUCAAGGUGCCGGACAACUAUGGCGAUGAUGUGGGGUUGGAGCUGAAGCACAACCAUCAGGCACCGAUCGAGCGUACCAGCAACUUCUCGGUCGAUUUCAUCUGGAAGGGCACGUCUUUCGAGCGCAUGCAGCAAGCGCUUCGCAAGUUUGCGAUGGACGCGAAAAGUGUUUCGAACUACAUUUACGCACGCUUGCUGGGAAACGUCCGUGCCGAUGGUGCCGAAGAGGUGCUGUUUAGGCUGAAUUUGCCCAAGCAUUUCAGUGCCCCCAACCUGCCCGACCUGAAUCGGUCUCAGGUCUACGCGGUUCGCCACGCACUGCAGCGCCCCUUGAGCCUUAUCCAGGGUCCACCGGGCACGGGCAAGACGGUCACUUCAGCAACGAUCGUGUAUCAGUUGGCGCGGUUAAACAGUGGCCCCAUAUUGGUCUGCGCACCGAGUAACACUGCCGUUGAUCAGUUGACGGAGAAGAUUCAUCGCACGAAUCUGAAAGUUGUGCGCGUGUGUGCCAGAUCACGCGAAGCGAUCGAUUCCCCAGUCAGCUUCCUAGCGCUGCACAAUCAAAUUCGAAAUAUGGCACAAAAUUCGGAGCUGAAAAAGCUGCAACAGUUAAAAGACGAAACGGGUGAGCUUAGCCUCUCAGAUGAGCGACGUUAUCGAUCGUUGAAGAAACAGGCCGAGCGCGAACUGUUGGAAGCGGCUGAUGUGAUAUGCUGCACCUGCGUUGGAGCGGGCGAUCUUCGUCUGCAGCGUAUCAAGUUCAACUCCAUCUUGAUCGAUGAAUCGAUGCAGUCAACGGAACCGGAAUGUAUGGUGCCUGUAGUGCUGGGUGCCAAACAGCUCAUCCUGGUCGGUGACCACUGUCAGCUGGGCCCGGUAGUGAUGUGUAAAAAGGCGGCUAAGGCCGGCCUGUCGCAAAGUCUUUUCGAGCGGCUAGUGGCGCUAGGCAUCCGUCCAUUCCGGCUCGAGGUGCAAUACAGAAUGCACCCGGAGUUGUCACAGUUUCCUUCGAACUUCUUCUAUGAAGGCAGCCUGCAAAACGGCGUGUGCGCGGAUGAGCGUAAGCUCAAAGUCGACUUUCCAUGGCCCUCUCCAGACUGUCCGAUGUUUUUCCUGGUCACACAGGGCCAGGAAGAAAUCGCGGGAUCGGGUACCUCGUAUCUGAACCGGACGGAGGCAUCGAAUGUGGAAAAAAUAACGACCCGAUUUUUGAAGGCCGGUAUUAAACCCGAUCAAAUCGGCAUCAUUACGCCGUACGAAGGGCAGCGAGCGUACCUGGUACAGUACAUGCAGUACCAGGGUUCAUUGCACUCGAAGCUGUACCAGGAGAUCGAAAUUGCCAGCGUGGAUGCGUUCCAGGGACGCGAGAAAGAUAUCAUUAUCAUGUCUUGUGUGCGGGCGAAUGAGCACCAGGGCAUCGGUUUUCUGAACGACCCCCGUCGGCUGAACGUAGCUCUGACCCGUGCCAAAUACGGUAUCAUUAUAGUGGGCAACCCGAAGGUACUGGCGAAGCAAGAGCUGUGGAACCACUUGCUGAACUUCUACAAGGACAAAAAGGUGUUGGUGGAAGGAUCGCUGAACAAUCUGAAGGAAUCGAUGAUUCAGUUUACCAAACCGAAAAAGAUCAUCAAUACGCUCAAUCCCGGAUCACAUUUCAUGACCAAUGCCAUGUACGACGCAAAGGAAGUGCUGGGCGGUGGUUAUUUUGAUCGCAAUCCCGGACCAUCAACAAGUUACGCGCAUAACCCGUUGGCAGGGUACGGAAACGCGAGCGCUUACCACCAACAGCAGGGUGGAUUUGUGGAUGUGCCGGGGCACGGUGGAAGCGGCACUACUGCUAGCGCGAACACACCGCUAGAUGCGUUUAUGCGUAAGGUGCACGACCCUAUCGGCUACAUUUCGCCCCAGCGCACCCAUCCUGCAGUGAGCAAUAUGCCUGUCCCGGUGGGAAUGUUCAUCAAUAUGUCGAAUGCUCCCUCUCGCUUCUAUCAGCAGCAGCAGCAGGCAGCAAUUCAGGCGGCAAAGCAAACUCGUCGCCCGGUGGUUGGUAAGACGGCUAGCCAACUGCUUGCAUCUGGCUCAGUAUCGACAUCCAGCGGUGGCAAGUCGAGCCGUCCACGUCCGAUAGGCCCCCCAAGCAGCAGCGGUAACAAUGCGCACAUCAGCGGUACGGCGAGCGCAUCGCUUACGCAGGGCAUGUCGCAAAACAUGUCUCAGCCGGGCUUUAGCCUAUCGCAGCAGCCAGAAUUUUCGCAGGAUUACAUGGGCGAGUAUCAGUCACAGAUGGAUAACAUCUUGUCGCAGGAGUCCAACUAUCACAGCCAAUCCGGGCCGAGCGACCGUCUGCCGUUCGAACUGCACUCGAGUUCGCAGUUUUCCCAACCCUACUGAUAAAGCUGGACUGGCGGAACAAUUUUAAAAGCUGGAAUGCUAAACCGAUGCAAAGCUAUCAUUCAACACAUACGACACGGUGAACCAUACAGAGGGAAGCACGAUUUUAUCGAGCGAGCAAAUUCAUGCAAAGGCUUGCUCGAGGCUUACGACAAACCCGUAAGAGCAAUCACAGCGUGGUGCGAACCGUUCGCAGGCCAUUAAAUGCAUCCGGCAAAAGCUGUUUGUCCGAGAGGCGGAAUGAGUGCCAUUUCGUUGGGACGGAUAACAAACGGGACUUAACUGUGGACCGAUGGCGGUAACCGUUAGAGAGCAGGGAAUUCAUUGACUCUAACGAAGGUCUCGAAUCGGGUUGCAUCUCACUCGCUUGCUGGUAAAGCGGACAGCGGUAAGGAUACCACAAUCAGCUCCAAUAGCAUUGUUGGCACGAAAGGCUUUGCACAGGAUGUCUCAUGUACCCUGGCGCAUUCAGUAAUCUGAAACGAAUGGGCUGAGCAGUAAACAACUAACAUCCAACGGCCAGCUUGAUGGUUAAUGGUACCAAAGUAUUGUGGGCGGUUUGCCGUGAUUUGCUGAAUGGACAUUUCCAUUCGGCAAUGUAACAGCUCAAAGCUCAUGGCUGUUUUGUGGCUGCUGCUGUGUGUUCUUUUGUUCUAUUGUUUUGUCUGUUGCAUUCGUAGUUCCAACAUAUACUUUUUUAUAGACGAAUGGUCUGACCCAUCAGUUUUCUUUAUCGCGCGAAAAGGCCAUUAUCUCUAGAAUGAGCGUAUUUUCCCCAAACUCAAGUACAGUACAAUACAAGUACAAACAACAAAUUAGAGUGCAUUGGUUGAGGAUUGCACUCGUCAGCGAUUGACUGCAGUUUUCAAUUCGUUGUCGAUCCUGUGCUCCUUAACUGGUGAUCGUUAGCGAACCUUUUCCUGAGCAACAAUCGUCCAAUUGAAGCUAUGUCACCAUCAGUGUGCAUUUUGCAACUGUGCACUAUUCUUCCAACAGCUCAUACACGCGAUGUUACAGGCAUCGUACGACUGUGACAAUACAGCGUUGAAGGUAAAACGCAUCCCUCGUUUCGGUUAUUUGGUUCAUCAGCUGAUUAUUUUGAGUUCUUUCAAUUAAGUACGGUAUAGAGAGGCAGGUAGACAGAAUACGGUCACACCCAAGACCAUGAGGCCGUAUUGAGCAAGUAGCACUAAGUUUGCCGAUUCAACUUAAGGUAUCUACAGAACGUAUUCACUCUGUGCUCUGAAGAAGCUUAAACAUCUCAAAAUUCUUCACCAGUGGAUAGGCUACUAUUAGAUUCCGUCUUUUUGUGUUGGCCAAUAAAAUAUUUUGUUUUGAAUGCAACUUG